GUGUGAAGAACAUUUUAAAAUUCUAAAGAACAUUUCCACUAAAGAACCUUGAAACUUUCAUGGAUAAGGUUCUUCAUGGUGCCAAUAAAGAACCUUUAUUGUUUAGAGUGAUAUUAUGAUGGCAUUACUAUAGUAAGAUAGUAUUAUAGUCUGGUAGUAUUAUCUGAAAGUCUGAAGCAGUUUUGUACAAGAGCAGUCAGCAGAACCUUGUUUUGUUUCUUUCUUACUCGAUCUCCAUCUCUCUCACUGUCUCACACGCAAAUCCCCGAUCAAUAGUCAUGUUUGAAACGCAUUUCUCACAUCUCAAUGUCACCCCUGCCAUCUCCAUAUGCUCAGUCAUGACUCAUGACAGCUGUUGACGUUAUUCUACAUGAUUGAUGUGUGUUUGCAGCAGCACGCAGUAUAGAAAUUCUCACGGAAUGACACGCGCGUAUCGAGAAUAUAGGACAUUGUCAUGGAAAUGCAAGCGAGAUACUCGCACCUCAGCGGGCAGUAAGGUGUUUUGAUGGAUGCGAGGUUAUCCCGAAGAACAUUUGCCAUCCCUCGGACAGAAAACCAAUAGAAAAGCGUUUUCUCUACGUAAUGAAUCCCCUCCUCCUCCUCCUCCGACAUAACGGAGCGAUGCUGGCGUUCAUGCUUCAAUCGAAUCGCGGCUUCAGCACGAUGGAGACGGAGUCCCUGGCGUGAAUUGAAGGGGGAAGCCCUCAGCACAACACAAAAUAUACACAAUGCGCUCCUCCUGUCGCGAAUACGAUGCCUUUCUCUGGAUGGUUGGACUCCUAAUAUCAUCUCCCUGAGCGAUGAUGCUUGUGUUACGGCUCGCCUUUGCUCAACGUCCGCUUUAUUCGCGAAAGAAGCAGCAGAACGGAUGCUUGACCACUGCGAAACUGUCUUCACGCAUCAAGCCUCUUCUGAAUAUUGGCAAGGGACACGUUAUCAUAACCACGAGGGCCAGGGAGACACGAUUAAAGUUUCAACGAUGUAAAUCGAGGUCUGGUAUGAGUGAAGUCGCCUCCGUCUAGCACAAACUAGAGCUCACGUUUGAGAGAAGUGAAAGAGGAAGUCCGUUCAGCGUUUGCUGCAUAUCGCACCAUGAGCCAGCCACAGCCCCCUCAGCAGGCGGCAGUGCCGGAUCUGGAGGUGAUCUCUCAGCAGGUGGAGGAUGAAGGCCAGUGCAUGGCUCCAGUGCAGCUGGUCAGCUUCGCCUACAGGGACCUUCCUCUAGCUGCCCUGGACCUCUCGCUGGCCGGAUCCCAGCUACUUUCCAAUCUGGACGAAGAGGACAACCAAGAAGGGUCUAACUGGCUGAAGCCAUGCUGCGGGAGGAGAGCAGCGCUCUGGCAGGUGUGUUUGCUGAGUGCCGGCUUCAACUGUUUCCUGGUCGCCUGUGUCAUCUUGGUGGUGGUCUUACUGACUCUGGAACUGCUCAUCGAUACUAAGCUUCUACAAUUUAAUAAUGCAUUCCAGUUCGCCUGUAUCAUCCACUGGAUCAGCCUGGUCAUCCUGUCUGUCUUCUUCACUGAGACUGUCUUUAGGAUUGUGGUGCUCGGGAUAUGGGAUUAUAUAGAGAACAAAGUUGAGGUAUUUGACGGUGCUGUGAUUGUACUCUCUCUGGCCCCAAUGGUGGCCUCCACGGUGGCUAACGGCCCCAGCAGCCCCUGGGACGCAAUCAGCCUCAUCAUCACCCUCCGCAUCUGGAGAGUCAAGAGGAUCAUUGACGCGUACGUGCUGCAGGUGAAGGUGGAGAUGGAGCUGGAGAUCCAGCAGUACGAGAAGACCAAAGCUGUGAGAGAGGAACAGCUGGAGAGACUCACACAGAUCUGUCAGGAACAGGCCUUUGAGAUCAGGCAGUUGAGGGCUCACCUGGCGCAGCAGGAUUUGGAUCUGGCCGCAGAGCGGGAAGCCGCCAUGCAGAUCCACCACGUAUGGGGGAAACAGAGCAGCAGCUUCCAGGAAAUAGACGGCCUGGGGCCCGCUGGAUCUGACAACGAGUGCCGCGCCAAUACCAGAGAACCCAGACCUGCUCCAGAGAGUGUUGUUCAGGAUGAUAUGAAUAACUACAUCAGUCAGUAUUACAGUGAGCCAAGUAGCGACAUCGGAGUGCCCGACCCUGGUGCUCGUGUCAUAACCACAGCAGCCAUCGAUGUCCACCUUCCCACCAACCCCAACCAGUUGCCGCCUUCCCUCGUCAGUGCCGACGGCCCGGGAAGUGGCCAGGAGCGCACGGGCAGCUCUGUAAGUGAAGCAUCCAGCACGACGAUGUCCCGGUCGAGCUGCAGCUUCACGGCCCGGCAGCACAGCAUCAGCAGCCACACGCUGGGCUCCACAACUGACUGCAGCUCUACUGUACGGGAGGCCUCCACCUCCGACUACAGCGGCCAGCGCUGCUGUCCUCCUCCAUACUGCAGUCCUUUGACCCUUGGGACGCAACCGGGCGUCCACGACCCCAGCGCGGUGGUCAAGGAGCUGCUCUCUUCCUUGUCCGAGGACUCCUGCCUAGCGCAGAAAGGCAGGGUGGACCCGGUCAACCUUAAAUUGCCCAGUCCGGCAGGGUCAGUGAAGGCCAGUCCGGAACUGGAGCACAGGGUGAACAUAUACAACAAGAGAAACCAGGAAAGUCUGGGUGUAUUCCAGACCAAGCCACUAAUUCACCUGCAGGGGACCGAGCCAUCUCUGGAGGAGAAGUACAGGCUUAUGGAGCCGGCAGAUACUCCACUGAGCCAUAUACCAGACACAUAGAGCAUGAAGUGUGGGACAGUAACCACCAACACCAGCUGAAGCAGCCUCUCUCUUGGCCUCUCUCUGUAUAUCACUUACUCAUUGGCUGUGUCUGAAAACUGAAAAAUGGUGCCUUCACUGGCAGUAUCUGAGGUAGGAAGGCAUCAAGGCAUAUCCGAUUCCAAUGUUUGUGGAACAUCCUAUCUACAGAAAGAGUGUGACUAGUCAAGUAGUUGCUGAAUCAAUGUAAAUGACUGCUACUGGAGAGCCACUUACCUGCAGAGUUUGAUUCCAAAUCUGCUCCAACACACCUUCCUGUAGUUUUCAAAUAAUCCAGCAAACCUUGGUUUGGUUGGUUCAUUUGUGUUUGAUAAGGGUUGGAGCUAAACAUUGCAUGAAGGUAAUUCUCCAGGAGCAGGAUUGGACACCCCUGCUUCUUUUCACCAGAUUCUUGUGGAUUGUCACAAAUGGUGCAAAAACAUGUCCCGUCCUGUGCUGGAAUACUACGGAGCCUCUAAAGGGACAAAAAAAUAUGAGAUGAAGGAAAAUUUAUUUGUCAAUGCUUUUGCAUUCUCUCGCAAAUGUUUUGCAUUCCCUCGCGAAAACUUUUGCGUUCCACUGAGAAACUUUGUGUUCGCUCACAAAGAGCUCAAAAGGUUUUGCCUUCUUGGGGGAACGCAAAACAUUUGCGAGAGAAUGCAGAAGCAUUGACUUAUUAUUUUUCCUCCAUCUCAUAUUUUUUUUCCACCACCUUGUCCCUUUAGGUUCUCCUUAGAAUGCACUACACCUUUUAAGAUCUUUAUAUAUUUUAAAACACCAAUGGCCAGAUUUACUAACAGCGCCAGGACACAGUUAAAAAAAAACUACUGUCGGGAUUUACUAAAGACGUGCAAUAAAAAAUUAGUGCUGAAAAUGCGUGGACCUUAUUGCAUACUGACCUUAUUGCAUAUGCAUUUGUAGGAGCUUCCCUUUCAGAUGCAAAAUUUAUGGGAGGAGAGUAUUUAAAUGAAACAUGCAAGGUGUUUUACUAAGGUUUGUGCAAGUCAAUUUACUGGUAUUUGCGCCAUUAUUUACCACCCCAAAAAAGCAUGUCUUAAACCAGAAGCUAAUUUGCUCUCCUCUUGGUAUAUUGUGUUGGUCAUUAUGGAAAUGUUCCAGCUGUGUUAUUUAAUUUGCGCGUCGUCAGUAGAUCAUGCGCAGAACUUUCCGCUUCCCAUCUGUGCUUUUUUGGAAUUCCGCUCUCACGCUAAUUUGCGCUGUUUAGUAAAUCUGGCCCUAAGCAUCAUACACCUGACAGCUUUGUAAAUAGUUUCAGAAAAUAAACUGUGCAUCAUAUACUGAGGAUCACACUGAUCACACACAAACUUGAUUUUCUGACUUUCAGCAACUUGCGACAACUCCAUGAAUGUAAAUCAGCGUGGCAAAAAUCUGGGCAAAACUCAUGUAGUAUAUUCCAGCCUGAAGUUUCUGUCAACCUGUGGGUGACUUGAUUAGUUUCAUGGCAGUUUGGAAAAUGUAAUUGUAUUUGAACACUCUAAAUCUGGGUUGUCCAAUCUUGCUCCUAGAGGGCCACUUGCCUGUAGAGCUUCAAUCUACUCCAAAACUGGAAGUUUCUGGUAAUCCUCAAGAACUUGAUUAGUUGGUUUAAUUAGGGUUGAAGGAAGUAGGAAGGUGAAUCUCCAGAAGUAGGAUUGGACAACCCAUCAACCAUCAUAGAUGUCCAUUGUGCUUUGCCAACCCUGUUCCUGGAGGCACACCAACAGUACACAUUUCAGAACUCUUCCUAAUCAAGCACACCUGAUUCAACUCAUUAACUCAUUAAUAGUGACUCAGAUAAGGGAGCCAUCCAUUGGUGUACCUCCAAGGAACCGGGUUGGAAAACACUGUUAUGCAUUGACCAGUGGCAAACUUGUUCACUAGUUGGUACCAGUGCUGCCAAUUUAGCGAUCUUGUCGCUAGAUUUACUGACUUCCCCACCCCUUUCGAGACUUUUUUCAAAAGCCUAGCAACAAAUCUAGCAACUUCUUGGACAAACCUUAUCUAGAUUCCAUGACUCGCCCACUGAUCUAUAUUUAUAUUAAUAUAGAACAGUGGACUCGCCAGUAUGACAUCUAGCAACCUUUAGCAACCAGUUUUAGCUACUUUCAGCUGAAAGCAAUUGGCAGCACUGGUUGGUAUACCCCUACUACUGAAAUGCCUCCAUUUGGUCAAUACAUUGGACUUAUCUUCCCUCGUCUAUGAUAUCCCACAACCCUGUGCAUGCAGUUUCGUAGUUAGUUGAAAGAAAAGUGUCUGAUGGAGCAGUUGAAAGAAGUAACUAAUAUAUACAGAGAAAUAGGCAUUGUAGUCAUUAAAUAUAUGCUUGGUUAUCUCUAAAGCUCACUUAAAUUCAUUUUAGAUUGACAGGUGUGAGAUUAUGUGGUUUUUGAAGCCUGUCUGAAACCUUUGGGCAAGGUUCCUCAAAUCUGGCACUGCUGCAACUCUAAUCAAAAGCCACUUUUCCACUGUCAGGUUGAACGGUUCUAAGAACUUUAAGAAACAGUUAGUUAUUUUUCCACUUGAGCUCAGUUCGGCAUGGCAUGAUUACAAACCGUUCUUGUCCGGGAAUUCUCAGCACGGUUAGCCAACCGCGCUGAUAGAAUGCGUGUAGUGACGUCGCCACUCAGGAUUGGACACUUGUCUGUUGGAUUUGAGGAACCGUGAGGAAUUAGGAUGUUCCUUCAUACAAGCAUUGAUUGAUUGGGCAGCUGUUGCUUUUUGUUUCGGACACAGCCAAUCUGUCUUUCUCUCUGUGUUGAACAGCACUGAUACUCACUCCCAGGUUUCAUGUUCUCAGAAAGGGGCACAGGAAGUGACAUGAGGAUAAUGCCCUCUGCUACCCGCCUCAUGCAAUGUUCCCUCCUUAGAGAUGCACAUCUCUCUUUCUCUCUAUCUCUCUUUCUCACUCUCUCUCUCCAACUCUGCAAGAGCACUUGAAGUGUGCCACUCCUGCCAAAAUUGCACAACCUUCCAAGGAGUCAGGGAGAGGUACUUCGGGAGCCAUCAUUGGAAGAUUCUUCAGGAAUUUCAGUGUGUCUGUUGGGCGAGUGGUGUAUGAAACCAGCAAAGACGCACUCUUUUAGACGGUAGACCAAUAUCGGAGUGUGGCUGGAAGACUUGUGUUCUCAUUCAGGGUGGCGUGGGAGGGAGUUUUUAUUUUGUCGAUUUGUUUAUUUGUACGAAAUGUAACUGACACACAAUGUACAGUCCUUUUCCCCCAAUGCUGCAGGGUUACAUUUGAUCCAUGUUCAAAUGUGUCAAGCUGUGUGAUUCAGCCAAAUUUCUUACCUUUGCCUUUCUUACAUUACUGAUGCUGAUGUUUGUAUUCAAAUUCUAUGCGAGGAAAAAAAAGUGCUAAACUCAAGUAUUUUUAAAACAGAGAGCAAAUGAUAGGUGAACAUUUCAGGUAUACAGUAUUAGAAGAUUUUUAUGAGAAAUUAUGGUUAGAAUGUUGUCAUAACCCUAAACCUUAACCCCCAUCCCAACAGCAUGAGCCUUUGAAAAGAUCUAUCUGCUUUCUGACUGAGGCAAAUUAAUCCUGUGUUAUUGACAAGGGAUUUUAUAAACUGAUAAUAGGAGAGAUUGUCAAGCAAUUAAAAGUUGGUUCAAACUCAAA